AUGAAUGCCUACCCGUUAAUUGCGUGGCCAAAUGCCCAGCACUAUACCAAUACAACACCAUAUCAACACGCUACACAUUAUAUGGCAGAGAGCUUUCCCAACGGAUACACCUACAGCAAGUAUCUGGCUGAGGUGAUCAUUGCGGAGCAAGUGGCUAAGGUACCGAACUGCCGUGUGAAAGUGUCUAUUGUUCGACCGGCGAUUGUGACAAAUGCGCUGGGCUUUGACUAUGUGCCGCGGGGGUGGGGAAUGGACAUGCGAGGAGUCAAUGCCGCAUUCCUGUGCUACAAGGCACUGCGGGGAAAGCCUUUGACGUCGGUGGUCCCAUACAACGGUACGUAUGAGAUGCACUGCAUCCCAGUCGACGUAGUCGCUAACAUUCUGAUAGCCGCAGCUGCGCGUGGGCACGAACUGAGUGUGUCUGCUCUGCCAGCGAAACCGAUGACAGCCCUAGCAAACAAGGAACACGGUAUCAAAUGUGUACCAUUCACCGACCGCAGUGACAUGGACAUGUCAUGUACAACGCUGGAGAUGACACCUGUCAGUAAACAUGGCAGUGUGCAAAGCACCGUUGGGAGUGUCAAGGGCCCAGACGCUCAUCAGCUGACAUCAAGACCUCAACCGUUCGCGCGACCUCGUCCCGGUAUUCCAUCACCGUACCGCAAUAAGCAUUCACACGUGGAUUGCACACAGCAUAGCGCUGAGGAAGCUGCUGAGUUGAGGGCGAGGAAUACUCCUGAUAAUUCGCACACGGCCAUGAUCCUGUCGCACUUGGUCACGUCUGCUACCACGCCUGUAGCUCAGCGCAAGGCUGCCCCCACUAUCCCAGAGCGCCCCACCGGCUACACAGCGGAGAAGGUCAACGCUUUGCUAAACUUACAGCCCGCGCUGACACUCAAGCCAACCACAAGUGUCGCUAGCAACACUUCCUGCAACACCGAAUCUAGUAUAGACAUGGUGAUGGACGAUGCGCCUAGAAUGGCCAGGUUUCCACAGGUGGCGCGAGUAGUUUCGGAAUUUACCAUGUUUGUGUUGCUUUGA